GGUCCUCUGUGGAUCUUCGGGUCUGUUCGGAGGCCAUGUGUCUCAGCAGCACCCCCCCCACCUGCAGCAGCAGCAGAGGAACCUCUCCCUACACGAGUACAUGMGCAUCGGGCUGCUGAAGGAGGCCGGCAUCUCCGUGCCCGCCGGCAUGGUGGCCAGCUCCUCGGAGGAGGCGUACGCCAUCGCCAAGCAGAUCGGCUCGAAGGACCUGGUGGUGAAAGCUCAGGUUCUGGCCGGGGGCAGAGGGAAGGGGACGUUCGAGGGCGGAUUGAAGGGAGGAGUGAGGAUCGUCUACUCUCCCGAGGAGGCCCGCGACAUUUCCUCCCAGAUGAUUGGUCGAAAGCUUUACACCAAGCAGACCGGGGAGGCGGGUCGAAUCUGCAACCAGGUGUUCAUCUGUGAGCGCAGGUACCCACGCAGAGAGUACUACUUCGCCAUCACCAUGGAGAGGUCGUUCCAGGGCCCCGUCCUGAUUGGCAGCUCGCAGGGAGGCGUGAACAUCGAAGAUGUCGCAGCAGAGAAUCCAGACGCCAUUGUGAAGGAGCCCAUCGACAUCGUGGAAGGCAUCAAGAUGGAGCAGGCUGUAAAGGUGGCUCAGAAGAUGGGCUUCCCACCGGCGCUGGUGAACAAGGCGGCGGAGAACAUGAUGAAACUGUACAACCUGUUCAUCAAGUACGACGCCUCCAUGUUGGAGAUCAACCCCAUGGUGGAGGACUCUUCUGGCAUCG